ACUUGAACGCGACUGCCUGCGAGUGCAGGCAGAGCCCAGGAGCUCUGAGCUGUCUGCUUGCAGCUUCUCUCCUCUGCCCUGGUUUCUGGAGCCUGACUUUAGAAAGCAGCCCAGGAGAAGAUCGACUCCCCAGACAGACGCUGAUUUCCUGUGUCACCUUUUGAUGAGUGUUCCUGGGCUCCAGCGUUGGUUUUUCUAGGAAAUCAAGCAGACUUCAAUCACCGAAUUCUUGGGUCGUUCUCAUGCCGUGGCCCUCAAACUCACAUGAACUGGAAGCUCAGCUCGGAGUUCCAGCUGGGGACUGGUGCAGCAGGGAGUCUCUGCUUUACUGUGGCCCAGGGACAAGCCUGGGGGCCUCUGCCCUCCAGAGCAUUCACAGGACAGGGAAGCUAAAACUCCAGAUGGUUCCUUUUCCGUAGCUUUGGGAGCAAACCCAGGGCCUUGCGCGAGUUCAAAACGUUGUCUUUCAAAAGCAAAGAGACUCCACCAAAGAGAUACAAACGGUCUCCCUGCAACAGCAGAAGAUAUGGCCUUCUCCAGGCUGUGGCGGAACAACCACCUGCCCUUCGUGGGCAUCAUGAUCCUCUUGGCCGCGGCCCUGUGCCUGAUGUUCUACGCUCUCCUCUGGAAGGCUGGCAACCUCGCUGACCUACCUAGCCUGAGAAUCGGCUUCUACAACUUCUGUCUGUGGAAGGAGGACAUGGGCUCCCUAGCAUGUUACAACUUUCCCGAGCUGGACGUGCUGGGCAUUCCUCAGGUUGGACUAGCCCUGGCCAGGCUCGGUGUGUAUGGAGCCCUGGUCCUCACAGUGUUCGUCCCUCUGCCUCUCCUCCUUGCCCAGUACAACAGAGAUGAGGGAGAGUGGCGGCUGGCCGUGUGCUUCCUGGCGGCAUCCUCCAUUCUGUUGGCCGGAGGACUAAGCCUCUUCCUCUCCUUCGUGUGGAAGUGGCUCAGGCUCUCCUUCCUGGGGCCUGCCUUGCCAGCUCUAUGCCUAGCCCAGCUGUUACUCAUCUUCUUGCUUGUGGCCACGGUUAGGUUCCCGCCACGGGAUAAGGAGGACAAGAACCAGUGGGAGAACUGUUAGUCCGGUCUUACAAAGGCUUAUUAUGGGAUUGCAAGGGUUCGGUUCCAACUGUGCUCCAAGAAGGUGCCAGAGGACCUGUGCUGAGUAGUUCUUCUCAGUCACCCUGUGUCAUAGCUAAUGUUGAUCUCCAGCACAGCAGAGGGGACCACUCACUGUGCAGACGGGCUGUGGUGUCAAGGAACCCAGAGGCGGCUUGGAGGGCUGGGGUACCUGCAGUUUCUUAGGGUACCAUGUAGCUCAUUAGCACAGGGAUUCCUAUAGUCCCAGGCAGGUGGGAGUCUGUCAGAGGCCAAACUUCCAAGCUAUCUUGGCAAAGUGUCAAACUAGAACUCUGUGAUGGUUAUGGCAACAAAUGGGAUGAUUAGGGGAAAAACAAAAAACAAACAAACAAGCAACCUGCUUUAACACCGAGUCCUGUCAGCACAAAGAGAAGCCUCACUGGCUUUUUAGGGUCCCCUGAAGGGGUCCCUGGACCUGACAGCAAACAGGAAUCAGCUGUUAAGCCAUCCUCGUGACCCAGGGAUGCAGACGCAAAAUGUGUCAACUCCUGGAAGGUGAACAGGAUUGAAUAGUCGUCACAAACACACACCGUGUCCCCUCACCUUACCCAGAACUGGAAAGGCAGAAGGCAUGGUCUUUAUUAUGCAUCGCGGCAUCAGUAUAUAUUUUGUUCAGUGCCUGUAUAUCAGAAAACCUACGUGGCAAUGAGUUCUUCAUUCUGUGCUCAUCAAAAGCCAAAGUGAAUAUAAAGAAACCUGGACUCUGGUGUGAUCUUUUGUCCUCAGCGACCCGUGUCCCACUCUCCCUUACAGGGGUCAAGGUGGAGGCCCCAGGAGGAAGAGAGGUGACUGGUGGUAGACAGGGCCUGUGUGGCUCACCAGCCUCACAGUCUAGGAGCAGGAGGCUCCUAGACUGGCAGGGAACUGUGGGCAGUUGCCAGCCUGUUUGGUUGGGAGGGUGGAAGCUUACUGCUGGACUGUGUCGUGAGGGAGACUGUUCAUAGGUCUCUUUAAGUCGAGAUCUGGCUGCCUGUCUAGAAUACCCAUGUUCUCGGCAGCUCUAUUUUCCUUUGCAUCUGGCAAGUAGGCCCAAGACCUCACUUUUACUGUGAAUGAAACUCGGGGCUGGGAUUGCCAUCCCUCAGGGCCCGAGGGUGGAGCAGGGAAAGUCUGUAACAGGAUGCGUUUCUGCAUCCUGCUACAGAAAAAGUCCCACCCAAACUGACAACCUCCUGGGACUGGAAGUUGGGAGCAAAGCCUGGUUUUCGUGGGUGGCAGGGGCCAGUAGGGGUGGGCAGCACCCACAGCUCUCAGCUGAAGCAGUGAACAAUUCAUACUAACUGAAAAAUAUUUCCCUGACGUACUUCAACGCGUCUUCCUCCUCCUUCUCCUCCUCCGGGCUUCUGCUACAGGGAGAGUCCGAAGCUUCUGGUCCCCGGGGAGGGCUGAGGCCUGGAGCAAGAGAGCUGAUCCUGCUGUCUUCUUCCUCACUGCUGCUCCCGGGGGACGAGGAACAGGGAGGGGAGAGCUGCAGCUUAUCAGUGGCCUCCAGAGACCGCUGUUCCCAGGGCUUUUCCUGUUUGCGGCCCUGCAGAGCAGAAGAAACAGCUGUCUCGGCACAAAGGGCUCCUUUCUCCAAGGCACGAGUUUGACAGUGCUAUGGAUGUACCCUGAGCCAACCGAAAAGCCAGCACGGCACACGACCAAGUUGGGACAUGCUCCCAUCCACCUCAUGGGCACCCAAGCUUUCUCCACCCCACACCUCAGGAUCAGGACCCACUAGGGACAGAUGCAGGGAUCUACAUAUGAGGAACAGCAGAGUAGAAGGAGAAAGGAUCG